AUGACGACGUCAAAAAUCGCUAUCAUCGGCGCUGGGCCAGCGGGAUGCAUGCUGGCACGCCUGCUGUCCCUCUCCAAGAUAUCCGUCACGGUUUACGAGAGCGACGAAAGUCCCAACUACCGGUCCCAAGGCGGCACCCUCGAUCUGCAUCCCGAGACGGGGCUCGCAGCCAUCAAGGAAGCCCAGCUGUGGGACGAGUACCUCAAGGAAGCGCGUUUCGACGGGCAGUACAUGCUGUUCUGCGACCAAAACCUGAGGAAGUUCGUCGAGGUGAGUGCCGGAGAUGCCAAACACAUCGGCGAACGGCCGGAGAUCGACCGCUUUCACCUGCGCCGGAUACUCACGGAAUCUCUCCCGGAAGACACGGUCAAGUGGGGCCACCGCUUGAAGCGGGUCGAGGAGGGCGGCCGCUUGGUCUUCGAGCAUACGACCGAGUCCGGGUUCGACCUCGUCGUCGGCUGCGAGGGCGCCUGGUCCAAGGUACGCAACUUCAUCGCCCCGACGGUCGAGCCGCGCUACACCGGGAUCGGCUACCACGACCUCUCCAUCCCCGACGCGGAGACGAUGGCGCCGGCGGUCUACAAGUACGUGAACCGGGGUAGCGUGUUUGCGCACUCGACCGGCCGCCAGGUCUCGGUCCAGCAAAUGGGCGACGGCAGCAUCCGCGUCGGCUGCUCGUCCGUCCGCUCGGAGGACUGGAUGCGCACCUGCGGAUACGACCCGCGCGAUCUCGAGCAGACCAAGAAGGCUCUGCUCGCGGAAAUGCACGACUACUGCCCGCAGCUACGCGAGGCCGUCGAGAAGACGCAGGGGGCCUGCGAACCGCGUACUCUCUUCCAGCUGCCCGUGGGCUGGCGCUGGGAGCAUCGCCGCGGCGUGACCAUCAUCGGCGACGCGGCGCACCUGAUGACACCGUUCGCGGGCGAAGGGGUCAACGUAGCCCUCGACGACGCGCGCAAGCUCGCGGCUUCCAUUGCGAGAUCUGUGCGAGCAGGCGACGGCGGCGACGCAGAUGAGCUCGACAGGCAAGUCAGGGCUUUCGAGGACGAGAUGUUCCCGCGCAUGGAGAGGUACCAGCGGCAGACGGACGAGGUCAAGCAGCUGUGGCUGUUCACCGAGGGCGAUGUCAGUAAAGUCGUGCCGAAAGUCAUGGUGUCGCACAUGAGGAUGGUGCUGCCGGCGGUCGUGAUCCCGCUUGUGUCGGUCCUGGCGCAUUUGUGGUGGUGGUUCGUGAACAUGAGACUGUUCGGAUGA